GGGCAAGAUUGGCUGGGCGUGGAGGGGGCGGCGGCGGGAGGGAGGAGCACCGGAGCAGGCGUGGCUGGGGUAUAUAAGACGCUGGACGGGGCGAAGUGAAGCAGGGCACGAGAAGACCAGUGCCAUGAAGACUUUGAUAAUAGCAGUACUGCUGGCGACAGCUGUGGGGUCACCCGUCCCAGAUGACGAUGACGACUGCGAGUACAAACUCGUUUACAGUACAUCGGACAGCUCAUCGGGCGGCUCAUCGGACAGCUCAUCGAGCGGCUCAUCGGGCGGCUCACCGGACACCUUAUCGGUCAGCUCAGUGAGCAGCCAAUCAGAGUCCACUGGGUCCCAGCAAGCUGUGAAAUAUUCCGUCUCAACAUCACCUGUCCAGCACCAAACCAUCUAUAGGUACGAUAAGGCAUCCGAGGCCCCUGCCGCUGAUGUUAAAGGGGCUACGGCUGCAUUCAUGUCAGCAUGGAAUCAGGCUGCACAGAGGGCUACAAAGAUUCAGUCCCAGCUCACACGAGUGACCCAAUCAGGAAGAUAUGUAUACGAAGUUCCCAAACAAGUUGAAGCGACAAAGGAAGUACAAAAAGCAACAAGGGAAUUUAUGGCUGCCUGGAACGAAGCUGCACGACGAGCUCCAGCUGUUGAGUACGCCAUUGGAACUCUACCACGACCAGUAGCGCAAACAGCUGAUGUAGAAAGAGCUACGGCUGAAUUCAUGGCUUCAUGGAAAGCAGCCGCUCAACAGGCUUCUAAAAUUCAACAAACAGUAAGCUAUGCUGCUACACCCUAUAUUGGUGCUCCUCGCCAGGUUGAGGCAACUGACGAGGUAAAACGAGCCACUGCGGAGUUUAUGAAGCAAUGGAAUGCAGCAGCAGCCAGAGUACCCAAAAUUGAACCAACCAUGUAUCAGAUUACCGGAACGGUUCCAGCACGUCCCACCACAACAGUGACAAGUGGUGCUCCUCAAUUUUCUCCAUCAGUUCAACAAGCCACUGCCGAAUUCAUGGCUGCAUGGAGAGCUGCUGCUGCAGCUGCAGAAGCUGCUCCUGAUGUCAAUAUCAUUAUGGGAGCCAGUUAUAGAGGACAGCCAGCUACCUACUCUGCACAACCAGCUGCUCCAGCGCGAGCCCCUGCUGCGGUGUCAUACUCUGCUGCUCCACUCAGGCCUGUCCAGCCAACUCUGGAGGUGCAGAGGGCUACUGCUGAAUUCAUGGCUGCAUGGAACAAGGCUGCAUCAAGAGCUGCUACCAUCGAAAGUGCACUAGUGAGAUCCACUCCUGCUGGAUAUACUAUCCAAGCGCCGCAACAAGUGCAGGUCACAGAAGAGGUCAGAAGGGCCACUGAAGAAUUCAUGGCAGCAUACAACAAGGCUGCUCAGCGAGCCGUUGCGGUUGAGACCGCAGCACUUACCCUCCCACAGCCAGUGCAACCGACUGCUGAGGUCCAGCGCGCUACCGCUUCCUUCAUGGCGUCCUUCGAGGCUGCUGCCAGACAGGCUUCUGCCAUAAGAGUAGCAGUAACCAAGUCGGCACCAGGACAUGCUCCUUCACCAGUCCAGCCUACCGAUGAAGUGAGGAGAGCAACAGAGCUGUUCAUGAGGUCCUGGAAUGAGGCCGCAGCCCGUGUUCGCACCAUCCAGCCAACCAUCUAUCGCGUAGCGGGAGCUGCUCCGUCUGAAGAACCUAGGAUUGUGGGUGGUGUUCCUCAGUUCACUGUCUCACAAGAACAGGCGACCGCUGAGUUCAUGAAGGUUUGGAGGGCUGCCGCAGCUGCUGCAGAGGCCGCUCCUGAUGUCAACAUCAUUAUGGGAGCCAGUCAACUCAGGCAGCCAGCUGCCCCACGUCCUGCAGCCGUUGUUUACUCUGCACCAGCCCCAGCACCUGCACCAGCUCCAGCUCGUGCACCUUCUGUCGUGUCAUACUCUGCUGCUCCACUCAGGCCUGUCCAGCCAACUCUGGAGGUGCAGAGGGCUACUGCUGAAUUCAUGGCUGCAUGGAACAAGGCCGCAUCAAGAGCUGCUACCAUCGAGAGUGCACUAGUGAGAUCCACUCCUGCUGGAUAUACUAUCCAAGCGCCGCAACAAGUGCAGGUCACAGAAGAGGUUAGAAGGGCCACUGAAGAAUUCAUGGCAGCAUACAACAAGGCUGCUCAGCGAGCCGUUGCGGUUGAGACCGCAGCACUUACCCUCCCACAGCCAGUGCAACCGACUGCUGAGGUCCAGCGCGCUACCGCUUCCUUCAUGGCGUCCUUCGAGGCUGCUGCCAGACAGGCUUCUGCCAUAAGAGUAGCAGUAACCAAGUCGGCACCAGGAUAUGCUCCUUCACCAGUCCAGCCUACCGAUGAAGUGAGGAGAGCAACAGAGCUGUUCAUGAGGUCCUGGAAUGAGGCCGCAGCCCGUGUUCGCACCAUCCAGCCAACCAUCUAUCGCGUAGCGGGAGCUGCUCCGUCUGAAGAACCUAGGAUUGUGGCUGGUGUUCCUCAGUUCACUGUCUCACAAGAACAGGCGACCGCUGAGUUCAUGAAGGUUUGGAGGGCUGCCGCAGCUGCUGCAGAGGCCGCUCCUGAUGUCAACAUCAUUAUGGGAGCCAGUCAACUCAGGCAGCCAGCUGCCCCACGUCCUGCAGCCGUUGUUUACUCUGCACCAGCCCCAGCACCUGCACCAGCACCAGCUCCAGCUCGUGCACCUUCUGUCGUGUCAUACUCUGCUGCUCCACUCAGGCCUGUCCAGCCAACUCUGGAGGUGCAGAGGGCUACUGCUGAAUUCAUGGCUGCAUGGAACAAGGCCGCAUCAAGAGCUGCUACCAUCGAGAGUGCACUAGUGAGAUCCACUCCUGCUGGAUAUACUAUCCAAGCGCCGCAACAAGUGCAGGUCACAGAAGAGGUUAGAAGGGCCACUGAAGAAUUCAUGGCAGCAUACAACAAGGCUGCUCAGCGAGCCGUUGCGGUUGAGACCGCAGCACUUACCCUCCCACAGCCAGUGCAACCGACUGCUGAGGUCCAGCGCGCUACCGCUUCCUUCAUGGCGUCCUUCGAGGCUGCUGCCAGACAGGCUUCUGCCAUAAGAGUAGCAGUAACCAAGUCGGCACCAGGAUAUGCUCCUUCACCAGUCCAGCCUACCGAUGAAGUGAGGAGAGCAACAGAGCUGUUCAUGAGGUCCUGGAAUGAGGCCGCAGCCCGUGUUCGCACCAUCCAGCCAACCAUCUAUCGCGUAGCGGGAGCUGCUCCGUCUGAAGAACCUAGGAUUGUGGGUGGUGUUCCUCAGUUCACUGUCUCACAAGAAAAGGCGACCGCUGAGUUCAUGAAGGUUUGGAGGGCUGCCGCAGCUGCUGCAGAAGCUGCCCCUGAUGUCAACAUCAUUAUGGGAGCCAGUCAACUCAGGCAGCCAGCUGCCCCACGUCCUGCAGCCGUUGUUUACUCUGCACCAGCCCCAGCACCAGCUCCAGCUCGUGCACCUGCUGUCGUGUCAUACUCUGCUGCUCCACUCAGGCCUGUCCAGCCAACUCUGGAGGUGCAGAGGGCUACUGCUGAAUUCAUGGCUGCAUGGAACAAGGCCGCAUCAAGAGCUGCUACCAUCGAAAGUGCACUAGUGAGAUCCACUCCUGCUGGAUAUACUAUCCAAGCGCCGCAACAAGUGCAGGUCACAGAAGAGGUUAGAAGGGCCACUGAAGAAUUCAUGGCAGCAUACAACAAGGCUGCUCAGCGAGCCGUUGCGGUUGAGACCGCAGCACUUACCCUCCCACAGCCAGUGCAACCGACUGCUGAGGUCCAGCGCGCUACCGCUUCCUUCAUGGCGUCCUUCGAGGCUGCUGCCAGACAGGCUUCUGCCAUAAGAGUAGCAGUAACCAAGUCGGCACCAGGACAUGCUCCUUCACCAGUCCAGCCUACCGAUGAAGUGAGGAGAGCAACAGAGCUGUUCAUGAGGUCCUGGAAUGAGGCCGCAGCCCGUGUUCGCACCAUCCAGCCAACCAUCUAUCGCGUAGCGGGAGCUGCUCCGUCUGAAGAACCUAGGAUUGUGGCUGGUGUUCCUCAGUUCACUGUCUCACAAGAAAAGGCGACCGCUGAGUUCAUGAAGGUUUGGAGGGCUGCCGCAGCUGCUGCAGAGGCCGCUCCCGAUGUCAACAUCAUUAUGGGAGGCACCCAUUUCAGCCGGCCAGCUGUCCCACAACGUCCCGCUGCAGUUGCUUACUCUGCUCCAGCACCAGCUCGUGCUCCCGCAGCUGUGAGCUACUCUGUUGGUCCAUCGGUACCAGUUGGACCCACCCUAGAAGUGCAGAGGGCUACUGCUGAGUUCAUGGCAGCAUGGAACGCAGCUGCUGAGAGGGCUUCGAAAAUUCCAGCUGUUGUUGGACCUGGUGGUGUUCAAGAAACCUAUGCCGUUAAACAAGCAACGGAAGAGUUUAUGGCAGCUUGGAAUGCUGCUGCCCGUCGAGGAGGAGUAGUUGAACAGGUAAUCGUUUCCCCACCCCAGCAGGUCCAGGCAACACAUGAGGUUCAGCAAGCAACAGCAGAAUUCAUGGCUUCGUGGAGGGCUGCUGCUGAACGUGCAUCAAGAAUUAGGGAUCAAGUAUCCACAGUAACCACAUAUUCUGCACCACAACAAGUAGGCGUGACAGCAGAUGUUAAGAAAGCUACGGAUGAGUUUAUGGCUCUGUGGAACGCAGCAGCUGCCAGGGUUCCUAAAAUUGAAACUACCUUGUAUUCCAUUGCCGGUACGGGCAAGUUUGAAGUCGGCCGCGCCCCUACGCCCGUUUCCGACACGCCGGAGGUAAAGGCAGCGAAGGAAGCCUUUAUGGCAAAGUUCCGCGCUGCUGAGAGGGCCGCUGUCCGCGGCUCCACCGCUCGGGGAGUUCUUCCAGCGCCGACCGUCAUUCCUAUUCCCGCAGGUCAUCGGCUCACUUACGAUGUUCCCUCUAGCGGCCAUUACGUCGUCAGUGACCGUCUCUUCGCCCCCAUCGCUGGCCUUCCCGUGUAUGUGAGGGACUGCCAAUGAUUCUUGUGCUCUAAAUCAGAACGACCGACCUAAUUUUUAGAUUGAUAUGUGUAUAGCUAACUAGUACUGUAAGUGUAAAUAAAGAUCAGCAAAUCAGGAGGAAAAUUUUUUAUCUUGCACUGAAUUCAGUAUCAAAACCAUAGCAGGGUAGAAUGAUCAUGGAUUCGUCAUAUAAAUAUUAUUAUUCUACGAAUAUUUUUCAGUCCUGACUUGUGGCUUUUCUUUGUAUCCUCUGACGCCAUUUUUACAGCUACUUUCAACUUGCCAUCUCCAAGCCUCCCCUGCUUCCUCGUAUCUUCAGUCACUGUCAGGAUCUCAUUGUUAUCUGGCCACUGUAUUCAUACACUGUUUAUUUUUCAUGGUAUGAAGAGUUGUCUGUUCUCUUGUUUCAAAUUUCUUAAAACAAAUUUUCUGAGAGAACAUAAAAGAUCUCUUGGACAAAAUAAACUUUUGCCUUUCUA